GUCCUUAUUGAGCGGAAACGGAACCUGUCCGGGACACCGGGCGCGUACCGUGUGCCGGCCAGGUGACCGGUCAGCGUGUUAAGCAGAGGAGGAGUAGACGCGAAAAGUAGACUGCUGCUCGUCGGCGGCGUGCGGAAAUCGCAAUAGGCGGUGUUCCGGGAGAGUGCGCGUGAAUGUUUGUGUGCGUGUUUGUGUGUAUGUGUGCGAGUGAUCCGAGUGUGGCCGCCGCCGUGUUGUGAUAAGGACGGAACGGAAGGAAGCGACACAUCCAACCAGACUCAACCUCGCCUGUGGACUGUAUGAGGCAACAAGGCCUUCGACAACGGAGCAACACCAGCAGCAGCAGCAGCAGAUAGAGGUAACCCUGCCACGGGUUGCAGAUCACCACUCUGCUGCCCGAAAACUCAUUGCCCCCCUCCGACGGUACACCAGCUGUAGCAGCAAUGAUGGCUUCUUCACAGGUGUCUGACGGCACCAGCAGCACCAGCAGUAGCAGUAACACCGGUAACAACAACAACAACAACAACAACUCGUCCAGCUCUUCCUAUGCCAAUGUGCUGCUGAACCUGAAGGCAGAGCAGAGCAAGGAAUCGCCCAAUCAACAGACUACCACCGAUAACAAGGAAAACAUUGGCAGUGAAGGCGGGCAACCGGCGGUGCCCACUGCCCGAAACGUCGGUAAAAGUAAAGCAGCGCCCAGCAGCAGUGUCGGUUGCGGCAGCGGCGGGACUGCUUCUGCUGCUGCUGCCGCUACUACGACCAAGGACCCCAUGGUCAGCGUAACGGUGACGACUUCGCCGGCCGGCGGUGGCGGUGAUGGGGCACGAGAAACAGCAACAACAACACCACACAGCAACGCACCGGACGCUCCAGAAGGUAGAACAACCGACGAGCUGGACGAAGAUGAUGCUAACUUCGUGCCGGUCGUUUCGCAUCACAAGCGAGACAGAAAAGCGAAAGCGGCAGCUGCCGCGGCCGCCGCCGCCGCCGCUGCUGCUGGUGGUGCUGCAACGAGCACUGCAACUGCAACCACUGGUGGAGGUAACGGUAGACCGGUGGCCGGAGAAAAGGCUUCCUCUGUCGGUACUGCAGGACCAGGAGGCAACGGGAGAGGUGGAGGUGGUGCUGGUCGAAGAGGUCCACCGUCGGCCGGACAACAUCAACAACAACAGCAGCAGCAGCCCCAUGGUAAAGCAGGAAAGGGGAUCGAUCGAGUGGCCGAUGGUGGAGCACACCAGCAUCCACAGCAUCAUCCUUCCUCGGGUGGUAAUGGUGGCAACGGCAGUGGUGGCCCCUACAAGAAGGAUAGUAAACGCAAAUCCAGUGACCGAAGCCGUGCCCAUGGAAACGCUGGUGAUGCGGUUAAGGAUGACAAAGUAGCCUCUGAGAGCUCGGAGAACAAUGGCAACAGCAACAAGCAUCAACAGUUGCCGGUUGGCAGCGGUACGGCGGGGGCUGCCUCCGGGACCUCCGGAACGCCUUCGGAUGAGGAGGAACGUGGAAAGGAGGAAGCGAAGAAGUUUGUCGAAGCACCACUGCCCAAAGUGAACGCAUGGAAGGUAACUCCCACUGUGGAACCAGCGCCUAUUCCCCUGACCGAGAUACUUUCUCAAGUCAAGUCAAACCAAUUGAACGUUAAGCCUCCAUCAUCUUCGGGUACCAGUUCGGUAGCGGCCGGGUCUACUGUACCGCCAUCUACAGCAAGCGGCGGUAGUCCUGCAGUGGCAGGCGAAGAAAAAAUGGGUGCUGUGCAGCCCAAUACCCACGAAAAGAUCAAGAACCACAGCAAAGGUGCUUCAGGAAAUGGUAACAACAAAAACGUAGUUAUCGUCCCGAACAACAGUAAACCGUCGGUUACUCCUACGGUAGGUGCUGCCACCUCGACUGGUGGCAGUCGAUCCGAGAAAAAAAAAUCCAACGCAAAGUCCACGGAUUUCACGACCAAUAGCCGCGAAUGGCCAUCGCUCGGGGAGAAGAGAACGGCUAACGAGGGUACGAAAAAGGGUAACGAGUCAACGGCGGCGCCACCAUCGAAGGUGAUAUCGUCGACCGUAGCAGCUAGCUCAAGUGGAGGCUCGCAGAAAUUGUCAGUCGAUGUUGGCGGUGGUGCGACUGGUACUGCAACAGCACCUCCAUCGUCCUCAUCAGUAGCGCUGCCACAUUCGCCGAAAAAGCAAGCGAAGAGUGAACCAGUGGCAACAGAUGAUAGUGGAAGUGUAUCGACUGCUGCUGCUUCGUCAAAAUCAUCAUCAACCAAUGCCAUUAUGAAAAAUGCAAUAAAAACCGGUGACACGGUGGCCGCUGGUGCAUCGGCAGUUACCGAGGUUGCCGGGAAGACGACAAACGCCGCUUCGGGUGAAGCUUCAUCAAAGACUGCACGCAACGCUGCUGGUGGUGCUACUGUUGUCGCCGCAGCACCGACUGGAAGUGAUAAUCCGGCCAAGGGAGCUGGAGCAGAUAACGAAACAAGUGCUACACUGACGGCUCAUUCUGCCACUCG